CUUCUCUUCUUUACCCAAAAAAGUAAAAAAGAAUUCUGAAUUCUCUUAGUUGGAGAGCGAGAGAGAAUCAAAUAAAAAUGGAAGCUUUCAGCUUUGAGAGGAAGAUUAAGCAUUACAGCAACUAUCAGAGGAUACUCCUUGUUGGAGAAGGAGACUUCUCUUUUUCUGUUUGCUUAGCCAGAGCUUUUGGCUUGGCUGUCAACAUGGUUGCCACUUCUCUUGACUCCAGAGAGUCUCUGAUGCUGAAGUACUCAAAAGCUUUGAGCAAUGUGAAAGAAUUAGAGGCAAGGGGAUGUAUAGUAUUGCAUGAGGUGGAUGUCCACAGCAUGAGCCAACACCCUUUCCUGAUUAGAUUACGCUUUGAUCGCAUAAUCUAUAAUUUUCCUCAUGCCGGUUACUUGCUUGGUCCCUUUUCUUCUGAACGCAACAGGUUCCAAAUUUGGUUUCAUCAGGAUUUGAUCAGGGGAUUCCUAAAAAAUGCACGCGAACUGCUGACCGCGAUAGGAGAAAUUCAUGUGACACACAAGACAACAUUUCCUUUCAGUGAAUGGAAAAUAGUGGAGUUAGCACAUGAGGUUGGGUUAUAUCUGGUUGAUGAAGAACCGUUCUCACUAUGGGAUUAUCCAGGUUAUGAAAAUAAGAGAGGAGAUGGGAUGUGUGAUCAAACUUUUCCGGUUGGAAUGUGUAGCACCUUCAAAUUUGCCAAGCUGUUCCACCAUUCUAGCCCUUCUUGUUUCCACCUUGGCAUUACUGCUUCGGGUCCAUGGUCUGGUUAUUCUGGAAUUAAUGGUCCUCACAUGGAAAGGCCAUUUUGCAUAUAAAGUGAUCUCUACUACUGGUGAGGAAUAGUAUCAACACAUAUUUUUUGUUUGAUAGGCAUGGGGUUUUUCAUUCAAGCAUGAGUCCCCUUGUUUAUAUUCCUAAAACUCGACAAACGUUCAACUCAUCAGCUUUAUUUUGAAUGUCAUGUCUUGUGCAUAAGAUCUUGACUUGGCUGUAUCUAGCUCUGUGUAUAGGAUUUCAGUUUUAAAUCAUGGACCAAGCUUGUAAGAUGAGCUCUUUUGUGGUGAAAUGUAGGAUGAUAUCAGUCAACUACUCUGUUGCUAUAUACCUCUUCUAAUGUUGACUUGCCCUUCUUCAUUCAGAAAGCCUUCACCUUUCCAUUGCUGGAUUAAUCUUGUGCU